GUCUUCCAGGGCCUCUGGAUGAACUGUGCAGGCAACGCACUGGGCGCUUUUCACUGCAGACCUCACCUUACUCUCUUCAAAGUAGAAGGUUACAUCCAAGCCUGCAGAGGACUCAUGAUCUCUGCCGUCUGCCUCGGCUUCUUUGGUGCUGUGUUUGGACUGGUUGGGAUGAAGUGCACCAAGGUUGGAGGCGCCGAUCAGACCAAAGCUAAGAUAGCUUGUUUAGCUGGACUGAUUUUCAUACUUUCUGGGUUGUGCUCUAUGACCAGUUGUUCCCUGUACGCGAACAAGAUUACAUCCGAGUUCUUUGAUCCUACUUUUGUUGCACAAAAGUAUGAACUAGGAGCAGCCUUGUUCAUAGGCUGGGCUGGAGCGUCGCUCUGCAUCAUCGGCGGCAGCAUCUUCUGCUUUUCCAUAGCAGAAAGCAGCAGCGCCCCAAGGAUGGGGUACGCAUAUAACGGAGCCACAUCCGUGAUGUCUUCCCGCACAAAGGUCCACACCAGCGUCCCGGACAAGUCCCCACCAAAGCACUUUGACAAGAACGCGUAUGUUUAAUUGUACUGGCCCAGGAUCCAAAGCCAGGUCUAAAAAUCAAUUUGUAUGCUUCAGAGA